CUGUGACUGUGACAGACUCACCGGGGUUUGUCCAUGUUGGGGAGGAAGCUUCCUUCCAGGUGUGACUGUGUUCAUCUGGGCAUGUCUGAAGUACCCUGUGCCCAUGGACCUGAACGAGAAGCAUCUGGAACUUGCUGCAUCUCUCCAAGGUGUCCAGGAACACGGAGUGCCCCGUGUCACUCUGCCUGUUCCCUACCAGCCGGUCCUGCUCCUCCUCCAGAAAAGGUGUGGUCUGCGAAUCCUGUGCUGUCCAGGAACUCUGUACCCGGCUGUGGAGAGGAAGCCCGGAGAAGAUCGAGUUCAAGAGGAGAGGGAGAGCCCCCCUUGGCCCUGGGCCUGUCUACCCGGAAGGCCCUCAGUGUCCUGAAGGAACAGCUGGAGGCUGUGCUGGAGAAACACCUCAAAGAACGGAAGAAAUGUCGCACAUGGAAGGAGACGUGGAGAAGCAGCUUCCUGCACCUUAGUAACCGCUGCUCCUGUUUCCACUGGCCGGGGGCUUCUCUCAUGCUGUUGGCUGUGCUGCUGUUGCUGUGUUGCUGUGGGGGCCAGCCAGCCGGGAGCCAUGGAGUGGAGCUGGUAAAUGCCUCUGCCCUGUUCCUGUUGCUGCUUCUGGAUCUCAUCCUCAUUGGGCGGCAGGAUCGGCUGAAGCGUCAGGAGGUAGAACGCAGGCUCCGGGGGAUCAUUGACCAAAUCCAAGAUGCUCUCAGGGACGGAAAGGAGAUCACAUGGCCGAAUGCCAUGUAUCCAGACCUCCACAUGCCCUUUGCACCGUCCUGGUCCCUGCACUGGGCUUACAGAGAUGGUCACCUGGUGAACCUGCCAGUUAGCCUGUUGGUAGAAGGAGACAUCAUAGCCCUGAGGCCUGGCCAGGAGUCCUUCGCCUCCCUGAGGGGCAUCAAGGAUGACGAGCACAUUGUCCUGGAGCCGGGAGACCUGUUUCCCCCCUUCUCUCCACCGCCCUCCCCCAGGGGGGAAGUGAAGAAGGGACCACAGAACCCCCAGCAGUACCGGCUCUUCCGCGUCCUGGAGACUCCUGUGAUUGACAGCGUCAGAUGGUGCCUGGACACGGCCCUGUUGCGCCCAGUCACCGCUCUGGACAAUGAAAGGUUCACAGUCCAGUCGGUGAUGCUUCACUAUGCUGUGCCGGUGGUCCUGGCUGGCUUUCUCAUCACCAAUGCCCUGCGCUUCAUGUUCAAUGCUCCUGGGGUCACUUCAUGGCAGUACACCCUUCUCCAGCUCCAGGUGAAUGGCAUGCUGCCCAUCCUCCCUCUGCUCUUCCCAGUCCUCUGGGUCCUGGCUACCGCCUGUGGAGAAGCUCGUGUCCUGGCCCAGAUGAGCAAGGCCUCACCCAGCUCCCUGCUGGCCAAGUUCUCAGAGGAUACUCUCAGCAGUUACACUGAAACCGUCUCCUCUCAGGAAAUGCUACGAUGUAUUUGGGGUCACUUCCUGAGGGUGAUCCAGGGGACAUCGCCAACGCUGAGCCACAGCGCCAGUCUGCUGCACAGCUUGGGCUCUGUCACGGUGCUGUGCUGUGUGGACAAGCAGGGGAUCCUGUCAUGGCCAAACCCCAGCCCAGAAACUGUGCUCUUCUUCAGUGGGAAGGUGGAGCCCCCUCACAGCAGCCACGAGGACCUCACAGAUGACAUGUCCACCCGCUCCUUCUGCCAUCCUGAGGUAGAGGAGGAGCCCCAUGAACGAGAUGCCCUCCUUACUGGCUCCCUGAACAAUACCCUGCACCUUUCCAACGAGCAGGAGCGUGGUGACUGGCCUGGCGACGGUCCCAAGCCCUCAGAGCCCUACCCUCAUCACAAAGUACACGGCCGCAGCAAACACCCAUCGGGUUCCAACGUGAGCUUCAGCAGGGACACUGAAGGAGGGGAGGAAGAGCCUGGCAAGGUGCAGCCUGGGACAGAGAGUGAUCCCUAUGAGGCCGAGGACUUUGUGUGUGACUACCACCUGGAGAUGCUGAGCCUGUCUCAAGACCAGCAGAACCCUUCAUGCAUCCAGUUUGAUGAUUCCAACUGGCAGUUGCACCUUACCUCCCUCAAGCCGCUGGGCCUCAACGUGCUGCUGAACCUGUGCAACGCCAGUGUCACGGAGCGCCUGUGCCGCUUUUCCGACCACCUGUGCAACAUCGCUCUGCAGGAGAGCCACAGCGCGGUGCUGCCCGUUCACGUGCCCUGGGGCCUCUGCGAGCUGGCCCGGCUCAUUGGCUUCACUCCAGGGGCCAAGGAACUCUUCAAGCAGGAGAACCACCUGGCGCUGUACCGCCUCCCCAGCGCUGAGACCGUGAAGGAGACGGCGCUGGGGCGGCCCGCCUGUGUCACCAAGCGGCGCCCCCCUCUCAGCCACAUGAUCAGCCUUUUCAUCAAAGACACUGCCACCAGCACAGAGCAGAUGCUGUCCCACGGCACUGCUGAUGUGGUAUUGGAGGCUUGCACAGACUUCUGGGAUGGCGCUGACAUCUACCCUCUUUCGGGUUCUGACAGAAAGAAAGUGCUGGAUUUCUACCAGCGAGCCUGCCUGUCUGGUUAUUGCUCUGCCUUCGCCUACAAGCCCAUGAACUGCACCUUGUCCUCCCAACUCAAUGGCAAGUGCAUUGAGCUGGUGCAGGUACCCGGCCAGAAUAGCAUCUUCACCAUGUGCGAGCUGCCCAGCACCGUCCCCAUCAAACCCAACAUCCGCCGCAACAGCUGGAGUUCCGAUGAAGGGAUCGGGGAGGUGCUGGAGAAGGAAGACUGCAUGCAGGCCCUGAGCGGUCAGAUCUUCAUGGGCAUGGUGUCCUCCCAGUACCAGGCCCGGCUGGACAUCGUGCGCCUCAUCGAUGGGCUGGUCAACGCCUGCAUCCGCUUUGUCUACUUCUCUCUGGAGGAUGAGCUCAAAAGCAAGGUAUUUGCUGAAAAGAUGGGCCUGGAGACAGGCUGGAACUGCCAUAUCUCCCUCACACCCAACGGCGACAUGCCUGGCUCCGAGAUUCCUCCCUCCAGCCCCAGCCAUGCAGGCUCUCUCCAUGACGACCUGAAUCAGGUGUCCCGAGAUGAUGCAGAAGGACUCCUCCUCUUGGAGGAGGAGGGUCACUCAGACCUCAUCAGCUUCCAGCCUACAGACAGUGACAUCCCUAGCUUCCUGGAGGACUGUAACCGGGCCAAGCUGCCCCGGGGCAUCCACCAGGUGCGGCCCCACCUGCAGAACAUUGACAACGUGCCACUGUUGGUGCCCCUCUUCACUGACUGCACCCCUGAUACCAUGUGUGAGAUGAUAAAGAUCAUGCAGGAAUAUGGGGAGGUGACCUGCUGCCUGGGCAGCUCUGCCAACCUGCGGAACAGCUGCCUCUUCCUCCAGAGUGAUGUCAGCAUUGCCCUGGAUCCCCUGUACCCAUCCCGCUGCUCCUGGGAGACUUUUGGUUAUGCCACCAGCACCACCAUGGCCCAGGCUUCCGAUGGCCUUUCUCCCCUGCAGCUAUCAGGGCAACUCAACAGCCUGCCUUGCUCCCUGACCUUUCGCCAGGAAGAGACCAUCAGCAUCAUCCGGCUCAUUGAGCAGGCUCGGCAUGCCACCUAUGGCAUCCGUAAGUGCUUCCUCUUCCUGUUGCAGUGCCAGCUGACCCUUGUGAUCAUUCAGUUCCUUUCUUGUCUGGUUCAGCUGCCACCACUCCUGAGUACCACAGACAUCUUAUGGUUGUCCUGCUUUUGUUACCCUCUGCUCAGCAUCUCUCUGUUGGGGAAGCCACCACAUAGUUCCAUCAUGUCUAUGGCAACAGGCAAAAACCUUCAGUCCAUUCCUAAGAAGACCCAGCACUACUUCCUGCUCUGCUUCUUGCUCAAGUUCAGCCUUACCAUCAGCUCGUGCCUCAUCUGCUUUGGCUUCACCCUGCAGAGCUUCUGUGACAGUGCCCGGGCCCGCAACCUCACCAACUGCUCCUCAGUCAUGCUUUGCAGCAAUGAUGACAGAGCUCCAGCCUGGUUUGGAGAUUUCGCCAAUGGGUUGCUGUCAGCUCAGAAGCUUACAGCUGCCCUGAUCGUUCUGCACACUGUCUUUAUCUCCAUCACCCACGUCCAUCGCACUAAGCCUCUGUGGAGGAAGAGCCCCUUGACAAACCUCUGGUGGGCGGUGACCGUGCCUGUGGUGCUCCUAGGUCAGGUGGUCCAGACAGCUGUGGACCUGCAGCUGUGGACACACAGGGACACACGUGUCCACUUUGGUCUAGAGGAUGUGCCCCUGCUGACAUGGCUCCUGGGCUGUCUGUCCCUGGUCCUUGUGGUCGUCACCAAUGAGAUUGUAAAGCUGCAUGAGAUCCGGGUCCGUGUCCGCUACCAGAAGCGACAGAAGCUGCAGUUUGAGACUAAGCUGGGCAUGAACUCUCCCUUCUGAGCCAUUGGCCAUGGUGGCCGGCGUUGCCCUGGUUCCUGGGCUAGAGCCAGACCGACUCCUGAGUCUGGGGAGUUCGUAUCACGAAUGUUUCAGGGUUCGUCUCUGUGCCUUGUGGCACUGGAGGCUCAGCUCCAGUCACUGGAGACCCUGAUGUCCUCCCAACUCUGGGGCUUUUCACGAAGGAGCCCAGGGGCUGUCGCCAUGGUUUGACAGGACUGCCCUGGCUCUUCCCUGGCCUUGCCAGGGGCACUCUUGAAUGUAUGACCUCAGGCCCUUGGUAAAGGGACCCUUAAACCCCUCCCCUGUGAGUGGCCUCUUUUUGGGGUCCCCUUACCAAACACCCUCCUGUCACAUCUGUGGCAGCCUCAGAGUGAGCCUCAGGCUUUGCUGGAGCAGUGGCUGCUGCUGUGUCCUCCCUGCCACUCAUCCUUGUCCUAGGGCAGCAGCCUGGCUGUGGUCCUAGGGCCCUCCCCUUCCUCUGGGCCGGAAGAUGGAAAAGGGUCCACCUCACCCUGGAGCCCCUGCAUCAUCAGCUGGUCAUAAGUCAUCCAUGGAGGACCCAGCCCAGGCUCUGUCCUUGUUCUGGGAGACCCCUUUUUUACUUUUUUUUUUUUUUUUUUUUACUGGAAAUGAGCCUUUUAGGAAUGAAUGUCAACUGGUUUAUAUUAAAAUUGUAAAUUGCUUAAGAAAAACCUGUAGCGGAUCCAUGAAACAGCCAUGAAAGGCUUCCCUCCCAAGACUGCAGCCGUCACCCCUCCACACUGAUGAGUGCCCCAGCGGCGUGUGGGUGGAGGGACAGUCCCGGAUGUGGAGGUCUGAUGCACAGAUCCAGACACACACAGCCCAGUCAUGUGGAAUGACACUUUCAUUGAUGUUAGCUGGGGAAGAGGUUAAUAGUUACAGGGCCUGGACCAACUGGGCCCUCCAGCAGGAGGUGGGCAGAGGGUUCUUCUGGAGUCUGAAGGCCUUCCCCCACUGCAUUCUCUCAGGCAGUUAAUAGAUAGAAUAAAUUCCAUUUAAAAUAUA